GUCGUGUUUGUAUGCAGAUUGUAACCGGGUCACGGUCCAAAGAACAAACCGGAUUUUUUUUAUCGUAACUUUAUGAAUUUUUUUGCUUCUGCUGGUCUUUCGGUCAAGCUUGUGUUAUGAACGACAAUAUGGAGAGCGUUUUACCGCUACUCACUCCAGAGCCAUGGAGUUUCGGGGAACUUUUCGAGGCGUUUCGGCAGGCACCGAUGUACCAUCUCAUCUUUGAAGGCGUUCUGAUUAUCUUCAUAGUCCGCUUAUUGUUCUCCAAGAGUUACUCAAUUCAGUCUAAAAUAGAACUCACUAAAAAGGAGAAGGACCAGUUGAUUGAAGAGUGGACUCCAGAGCCGCUGGUACCCAAGCUACCUGCCGAUUAUGAACCUGUCAAGUACAAACUCGUCACACAACAGGGUGGAAGCAUGCUGACAGUUGAUGGCAAGCAAGGAAUCAAUCUUGGAACAUUUAACUUCCUUGGAAUGCUGGGCAGGAAAGAGACAGAGGACGCUGCCGUCAAAAGUCUGAAGAAGUAUGGAGUUGGAACAUGUGGCCCUAGAGGGUUUUAUGGAACGAUGGAUGUACAUAUGAACUUUGAGCAGCGUAUUGCUAGUUUCUUCGGCAUGGAGGAAGGCAUCCUGUACUCUUACGGAUUCUCAACUGUCGCUAGCUGCAUCCCAGCAUACUCCAAGAGGGGAGAUAUCAUAUUCUGCGAUGAGGGAGUGUGCUUCGCAGUACAGAUGGGCCUCUUAGCUUCACGCAGCCAGAUUAAAUUCUUCAAACACAAUGACAUGGAGGAUCUAGAAAGAUUGCUGGAAGAACAAGCAGUUGAAGACAAGAAGAAUCCAAAAAAGGCUAAGAAGACUCGCAAGUUCAUGGUCGUCGAAGGGCUGUACACAAACACAGGCCAAAUAACACCCAUCGAUAAACUGGUUGAAUUCAAAUACAAGUACAAAGUGCGUAUCUUUUUGGAUGAGAGUAUGUCGUUCGGUGUUCUUGGUAAAACAGGACUUGGUGUCACCCAGCACUGCGGAAUUGAUGUGACUGAUGUCGAUCUCAUUUCUGCUUCAAUGGAAACUGCUCUGGGAACCCUCGGAGGAUUCUGUGUUGGCUCCAAGUUUGUUGUUGAUCACCAACGUUUAUCGGGUCUUGGGUAUUGCUUCUCCGCCUCUCUUCCUCCAAUGCUUGCAUCAGCCGCUAUGGCAGCGUUAGACUUGAUGGAUGAAGACCCUACUAUGGCAGUCAGGUUACAGAAGAGAUCACAGUUUGUACAUGAAGAACUCUCAAAGAUUGCAGAGCUGAAGUUAGUCGGUGAGCCCGUAUCGCCAAUCAAGCAUCUACAAGUACGAGAGUGUGGGGACAAGACUCGGCCGGAAAUAACCAAACUCUUGGAGUCCAUCGUAGACAAGGCACUGGAUGAGGGUGUGGUUCUUACUACAGCGUGUUAUUUAGAAGAAGAAGAAGCCUUUCUUAUUCCUCCAAGCAUCCGUAUUGCAGUGGGUAUAGCCCCAACCGAUGAUCAAAUCGUCAUGGCAAUGCAAGUUAUACAAAAAGUAGCCUCUGAAAUUCUACAGAAUGUUGCUUAAUCUACCGGUGCUGUGUUUUUACACCAAGCAUUUAAGGUAGGCCUUAGAAUAUUCCGAAGAGGAUAUCGCCCAAGGGUCUGUAGUUGUUUGUUUUUAUGUAUUUAUUCUUCUUCUUUUUUUGUUCUUCAUUUUAUUGAGUGGAUUUAUCGAGAACUGUUUGUUAUUAUUAUGUAACCUCUCAAUUGAGUAUUCUGAACGGCCCCCUUUAAGGCCAAGUCACACUGCAGCGAUAACGAAAAGGAUAACGAUCACAACGCAAGGAGAACGCAUUCUGUUGGUUGAAUUGCUCCACGCAGAAUACGAGCACGCUCAUUCAACCAAUAGAAUGCGCUCUCUUUGCGCCAUUAUCGUUAUCGUUUACCCGGCCUUUACACUGCUAAAUUGAAAAUGGUUUUAGUAGAGUUAUUGAAAACUGCAGGAAAUUUUUUACAACUUAAUGAAAUGUAUAAGGUACAUGUACAAUUUGUAUUUUCCCAAUAAGUCUGUGGUGUAAAUACUGGAAUCUUAAGUAGGAUGUAGAACUUUGCAUGGUGGAAAUACGAUAUGGAAAGGUUUGCGGUAACACCAUGUAUUGACUAACUCUAGUGAGUUGGGUUGGUUCUGAAAAGAACCGUUGGUUUCAACUCACUGGAAUCUUUGUAUAUAAAAAUGUGCACACAGAGGUAGACGCUUGAGACACUGUACAAAGUCAACUUCAUAGUCGUCUUUUUUUUUAACUGCAAUAACUGAAUUUUCGUCAGCUUGUAUCUCAACACCCCCCGGCCAUGGCACCCAGUUUCUUCAUCGAAAUUGCAUGCUCAAUUUCUAAACAGGGGGGGGGGGGGAUAGAAAUAAAGAAAUGAGGGCACUGUUUUGGGUCUUGUGUCACCAUAAUUGUGUGAUUAAAAAAUUUGCUAUAGAAAGCCCCCUCUUGUGGUCAAAAGCAUGGCCAAUUGUUCGCUCGUCCCCAGCGCCUUGCUUUAACCAAAGGCGUGUGGAUGGGCAUUCGUAUCAUGUGCUGUCAUUGGUUUCAAAAUGCGAAUCACACUCACACUGCACCAUAUUUCUAUGCACUGGGUACGCAUGACGAACUUCCUGAACAAGAAUCUGUGCAAGCGAUUAGCCCAUCCCAGCGGUCCUGGAUAGACUGGCCGCUGGGGCCGUGCGCAGGCCAAUUGUUGGGAUUAGUAUUUUAUGUGUUAUUGAUAGAGGUUGAUUACGAUCAGGUAGGCAAGAGAUAAUGUGGUGCUGUAGUCAACCAAGUUAGCUAAAAAUUGUUUUUUUGCGUUAUCACAUUAAAGGGAAGGUAUACGUUUGGUUAUCACUCUUAAAGUUUAUGGCAA